AUGGCGCUGAGGGCAGGACUUGUAAGGCGAUUUCUGUCUACUCCAAUCUUCGCUUCUCAAUCUAGAGCUGCUGCAACUGCUGCGUCCUUGGCUUAUGCCUCUGUUGCUGAUUCCAACAACAUCAGUGAUAAAGCUACCGCAGAACCUAACACCACUCUCUUCGUCGCUGGGCUUAACAAGAGAACCACGCCUGAAAAACUUAACGAAGCAUUCUCUCAAUUUGGUGAAGUGGUUAAUGUAAAGGUAGUAAUAGACCGUGAUUCUGGAUUCUCAAAGGGCUUUGGGUUUGUGAAUUAUGCCACUUUAGAAGACGCCGAGAAAGGGGUGAAAGGGAUGGAUGCACAGGUUCUUGAUGGAUGGGUCAUUUUUACUGAAUUUGCACGACCAAAAAGAAUUCCAGGACAGUGA